AUGUUGCAGUUGCUCAACAACCCUAGGGCGGGGUUGUUGAAGGCCCAGGGGAAGUUAGCGGAAGCGGAAUCGCUGUACAAGCGCUCGCUGGCAAUCGAUGAGAAGGUGUAUGGUCCUCAUCACCCGGAAGUCGCGAAAGACCUCAACAACUGGGCGGGGUUGUUGCAGGACCAGGGAAAGUUGGAUGAGGCCGGCCCGUUGUAUGUUCGGGCCACGGAAAUUUUGGAGAAGGCGCUGGGCCCGGAUCACCCGCAAGUGGCCACAGCGCUCAACAACAGGGCGGAGUUGUUGAGAGCACAGAAUGUUCCUCCGGGCGGGGUUGUUGAGCAUUCGUUCAUCCGCUUACCAUACUCAGCACAUUCCUUCCACCCUUUGCAUCACAUCCAGGGUAACUACGAUCAAGCCGGCAUGUUGUAUAAGCGUUCCUUGGCCAUCCGCGAGAAAGUGCUUGGGCCAGAUCACCCUAACGUGGCCCAGUCGCUCAACAACCGGGCGGGGUUGUUGAGCGCGCAGGGCAACUACGCCGAGGCUGUGCCCCUGAACGAACGAGCGACGGAGAUUUGGAUCAAAGCCUUAGGUCCUGAGCACCCGCAAGUGGCAACAGCGCUCAACAACCGGGCGGCGGGGUUGUUGAGCAAUUGUUCGCCCGCUGGUAAGUUCGCCGAGGCCGAGCCUCUGUUCAGGCGGGCGACCGAGAUUUGGGAGACAGCGUUGGGUCCCGAGCACCCACAAAUGGCAACAGCGCUCAACAACCUGGCGGGGUUGUUGAAAGCACAGGGCAAGCCCUCGGAAGCUGAGCGGUUGUAUGAGAGGACGCAGGAGAUCUUUGAGAAGUCCUUGGGACAGGAUCAUCCCAAUGUCGCCACGAUUCUCAACAACAGGGCGGGGUUGUUGAGGGCACAGGUGAGAGCCUUGGAGAAAUUUCCAGGAAUAUUUUUGUGGUGGUCGGUGGGGUGUUCUAGGUGCUCAACAACCGGGCGGGGUUGCUGUACAAUCAUGUGA